AUGGCAGGAGUAUGGAAGUGCACGCUAACCCUGGCAUUGUUGAUGUUUGUGUGUCUCUGGGGCGCCAGCGAGGCUGUAGGCGGUGCAAAGAGUCGACCCAGACCCAAAAGACCACCUCGCAAGAAGCCCAAGGUCGACCCUAUAGAUCUGACGCCACCUCAGAAGAAUGUAGACAUCCAACAGAUGACAGGGAGAUGGUACUUGCUCAACACUGCCUCCAAAUGCUCCUACCUAAUCAAUCAUGGAACCAAAGUGGAACCAACAGUCAUGACUCUCACAUUCCCCCCCACCUCUGACCAAUCAGUGUUGGUUAGCACUAAAACACGUCAUAAUCAUCAGUGUUGGGAGAUAUUGCAGAUGUACAAUCUAACCCCGACCCCAGGACGGUUGACACUUCCAGGAUCCCGACCCGAGCUGAACACUGACAUUGUGAUCGGAGAGACAGACUACAACUCGUACGCCAUCAUGUAUUAUCAGAAACAAGGCAAAAUCACCAUAAAACUCUACGGCAGGUCAGUUGACAAUCUAUCGGAACCGAUGUUAACCAAGUUUGAGCAACUUGCUGAAAAACAAGCUUUGGGGCUGGCAUUUCUCUUCCCCUUCCCGACCUACAGUCACUGUGGGGAUGUCGACCAGCAUCACAAAAUCAACUGCGUCCCCACAUGCUGA